AUGGCACAGGGCCAACUACCAAACAACUCUUUGAAGAACAGUUCGAUCCCUGUGUUCACUGGCCUUGACCUCCUCUUUGACCUGAAGCCCCUCUUCAUUCCCCUCUAUGCCACUCUGGUGGCUGUGGCUUGCACUGGCAACUUGCUCCUCAUUCUCCUUAUAGUUGUCACCAAAAAACUGCACAGCACCACUAACUUCCUUAUUGGAAACCUGGCUGCAGCUGACCUGAUCAUGUGCAUUUUCUGCGUCCCACUGACUGCAUCCUAUGCCUUUGAGAUCCGGGGCUGGCUCUUUGGGGUGUUCAUGUGUUACUUUGUCACCUUGAUGCAGACUGCCACUGUAUUUGUGUCUGUGCUGUCCCUCACAGCUAUUGCAGUGGACAGAUAUAUCGUUGUUGCUUACCCCAUUCGCAAAAGGCUAAGCCGCAAGUCCUGUGUCUACAUAGUGGCCUUCAUUUGGUUACUCUCCAUUGUGAUUUCUGUGCCUACAUCCAUGCACACUCAUUAUCUGGAUCUCAACAAGAUUGGCCAUGACAUGUUCAUCUGUGAAGAAUUCUGGAAGCACCAAGAGAAAGAAAGGUUGCUGUACUCAUGCUCAAUGCUCCUUUUGUCCUACAUGCUCCCACUUUCUGCAGUGUCUAUCUCCUACUGUGCCAUUUCUUAUCGCCUCAGGAAGAGGAAUGUCCCAGGGGCUGCCUACCACAACCAAGAGAAAUGGACCAAUAAAAAGCGAAAGACCUUCCGGGUUCUCAUUAUUUCAGUCAUGUGCUUUGCUGUCUGCUGGCUACCUCUGCAGGUGGUGAACCUCAUCAGAGAUGUAGACGAGGAGUUCACCAUCUUGGACAAGAGGUAUGUGAAUGUCAUUCAAGUGUCAUGUCACUUGAUUGCCAUGAGCUCUGCCUGUUAUAACCCUUUCAUCUACGCCUCGCUCCACGACAAAUUCAGAUUCCAUGUUAGUAACUAUUUUUGCCAUCACAAGAAGAGGUCCAGCAUCAUGUCCCGCAAGGCCUCGCGACUCAAUACCUGCUCCACGCUGGCAGACAUUCCCAUGGGCAUCACCGAUAAAUUAACCCUGCAAGGCAGGUUUUCUUUUAACUAAAAUACAGCAGGAGAUCAAAUCAGCAGAGGCGAUAUGCACCUUAGUUCUGGGCUUGUUAUAUUGGACACCGAAGCCUGUGGUGCAAGUUAUGUGACACUGGUAAUUGAUCAUUUCAAGACAAUGUAUAUAUCUGAGAACUUGGCAGUAGUGCAAGGGAAACAAACAGAGUUUGUGUCUGAAGGGAUAGAAACAGCUCAUCUGAGCAACUGAAGUGUAUUCUGCUCUUUGUCAAAACAAGCAAAUUCAACAACAAAAAUGGCAGUCCUAUAAGUUUAAGUUAAUUCUGUAUAGUUUU